AUGACUGCUGUCUGCCCCUCUGACAGCAGCCCAGAAGGGGCUGAAGCUGGGGCUGGGGCAGCAGGCUCGAGGGUGUCGGGGGCAGCGUGCACCGCUGGGACCAGCUCAGCCUCUGGGGCCGAGACUGGGGAGUCUAAUGGAGACUCUGUCGGAGGCACGGGCGUGGGUGCUGGCGGCCAAAGGUUCACCCGCUGGAGCCACCAGGACAGCUCGGACAUCAACACAGAUGACGAGGGCGCCACCAUCCGUCGCCUCACUCCGCUGGAGAGGCUGAACCUGGACAUGUGUCAGGACGAAAGGGUUGUACGUGAACUAACAGUGGGCAGAAGAAUCGGCUUCUACAAAAUUCGUGGAGAGAUCGGGUGUGGAAAUUUCUCCCAUGUCAAGUUAGGAAUUCAUGCGCUCACCAAAGACAAAGUGGCCAUAAAGAUCUUAGACAAAACCAAGCUUGAUCAGAAGACCCAGAGGCUGCUGUCCAGAGAGAUCUCUAGCAUGGAGAAGCUACAUCAUCCCAACAUCAUACGCCUCUAUGAGGUGGUGGAGACGUUGUCGCGGCUACACCUGGUGUUGGAGUACGCAGGAGGAGGGGAGCUCUACACCAAGAUCACUACAGAAGGAAAACUUUCUGACACUGAUAGCAAGAUUGUCUUUGCUCAGAUCCUCUCUGCUGUCAAACACAUGCAUGAAAACAACAUCAUCCACCGUGACUUGAAGGCAGAAAACGUCUUCUACACCAGCAGCUCCUGUGUCAAGGUGGGCGACUUUGGAUUUAGCACGCUGAGCCGCCGAGACGAGACACUCAACACGUUCUGCGGCUCUCCACCUUACGCCGCGCCCGAGCUCUUCCGGGACGAGCACUAUGUUGGCAUCUUUGUCGACAUCUGGGCCCUGGGGGUGAUGCUGUUCUUUAUGGUGACGGGCACCAUGCCGUUCAGGGCCGACACUGUGGCCAAACUGAAGCGAUGCAUCAUGGAGGGCGCCUACGUCCUGCCCACUUGGGUGCCUGAGGCGUGCCAGAGGCUGAUCAGGGGUAUCCUGCAGCCCAUACCAUCUGACCGCUGCACAGUGGAACAGAUGAUGGGCUGCGAGUGGCUGCUCCCGGUGGACUUCCCUCGUGCCUUGGAGCCCUUUAAACUAGACCCGUCCCACCUGGCGGAGAGCGAUCCAUCCGAACUUGUCGAAGAAGAGAUGGAGGUAAAGGCAGCGCUGGAGACACUAGGAAUCAGCUCAGAACACAUCCUUAAUAAUCAGGGGAAAGACUGCAGGAGCUCCAUCACCGGGGUCUAUCGGAUCCUGCUGCACCGGGCUCACAGGAGGCGGGUUGUGGAGAGCAAACCUGUGGUCGCGCAGGUAGCGGGACCGACUACAACGAGUAAAAAGGAACGACUAAAAGUCUACCGUAGUUUACGACACACGUCUAAACUGUGUGUGAUUCUGUGA